AUGACCAAGAUUGCCGUCGUUGUCUACUCCUCCUACAACCACAUUCUUUCACUCAGUAAGAGCGAGAUCGAGGGUGCCAGAUCCGCUGGCGUUCAGGUUGAUGCCUUCCAGAUCCCCAGCUCAGAGCCCUUGGAUGCCUCGGCCAAGUCCAACCUGCCCGAAAUCACCCCGGAGCUCUUGACCCAGUACGACGGUGUGCUCUUCGGUGUGCCUACCCGCUUCGGCUCUAUGCCCUACGCUGUCAAGGCCUUCAUCGACCGUACCGCCAGCCAAUGGACCACCGGUGGCUUCUACGGAAAGUACGUCGGUGUCUUUGUCUCCACCGGUACCCCUAACGGCGGCCAGGAGACCACCGUCCGCAACCUGCUCUCUAUCUUCACCCACCACGGCAUGCUGUACGUUCCCUUGGGCUACAGAGAUGCUUUCCCCGAGAUCACCGACCUGAACGAGUUCCACGGUGGUUCUCCCUGGGGUGCCGGCACCUACGCUGGCGCUGAUGGCUCCCGCCAGGUCACUGACCUCGAGCACAAAAUCGCUCGCAUCCAGGGUGAGCAGUUCGCCAAGACUGUUCUCAAGGCCACCUCCAGCACUGCUGGUGCUCCCGGCACUGCCGCCCCGGCCCCCAAGGCCACCACCAGCUCGUCUGCCCCUGCCACUAAGGCUUCCACCCAGGCUGCUAAUACUACUGCUACCCGUGCUACUGCCGACGCUGCUGCCGCCAAGCCCGCCGCCGCUCCCGCCGCUGCCGUCAAGGCUGAGGAAAAGAAGGAGGGCCGCUGCUUUGGCUGCUGCGUUAUCAGCUAA